UUGGUAACAGCUUGUCACCCAGUAAAACCGGAAAAGUUCUAUAUAAACCAUCAGGUCGAUGGGAAGUGCUACAAGCAACUUCCAGUGCAAGUGAAGGGACAAGUUGUAUUUGUGGUUCCCAGUACACAUGACAUCAACCUACAAUUGCCAGAAGUCAGUUACCCCUGGAAACCGCCUCAUAAAAAGCACUUAAGCACCCCAGAAAUUGGAGCAAACAAGUUCACAGCUGAACACGCAUUGUUCACAGGAAACAAUCUUCCCGACUUAGAACACGAAUGGAUAAAACUAGCCAUCGACCGUAUGCAGAGGAAAGGGCUGGACGAAAUCACAAGACAGGCUUCAGACCCUCUCAAACAAUGGGCAACCAGCACAGAAGAGUUCCUUUAA